AUGUCAUCUGAAAGCAAUCCUGUUACGAAAAAUCAACCCAUUGUAUUUGAACUUGUCAUAUGUGGUGGUAUCAGUAAACCUCGACCAGUAACUGAAGAAGAUUUAAAAAUUUGGGACAUGGUACCCACAAGUCAUAAGCUUAAACCAGUUCAAGUAGCUACACAAGUUGUAGCUGGAAUGAAUUAUUUUUUCAAGGUUGACUUACCUGAUAAAAAGUGUGCAGCUGCUCGUGUUUAUCAUGUUGGAUGGAAAAAAGAGACUCAUGGAAAAGCAGAACAAGUUGCUGUACAUGCUAAACUUAGUGAAAAUUCAAAUGAAGAAUUUGAUUGGUUUUAA